AUUACCCUUUCUAUUGAUACGAAAAACCUAAUCCAUCUAACUCGGUUAUCUCCUCUAUCCAAAUCUCGAAUCGAUUCAGCAAAAAGCAGUAUUUUUUCUUAUCAAUUUCAGGAUAUGGCUUCGAAUAUGGAGCCGGUAGCGGUGAAUUCGCAGAAGCAUGACCCGGCAUGGAAGCAUUGCCAAAUGUUUAAGGCUGGGGAUAGGGUUCAGCUCAAGUGUAUAUACUGUGGGAAGAUUUUUAAGGGAGGCGGGAUUCAUAGGAUUAAAGAGCACCUCGCUGGCCAAAAAGGGAAUGCUGCCACUUGCUUGAGGGUUCAAGCCGAUGUGCGGAUGCAGAUGCUCGAGAGUCUGAACGGGGUUGCUGUGAGGAAGAGGAAAAAACAGAAACUUGCGGAGGAGAUGUCUGGUUUUGGCAACCCUGGGAACAGUAUUGUUGAAGUAGUGAACAAUAGUUGUGGUUUGAAUAGUGAUCUCGUGCUGCUUCCUGUCCCGGAGAUGACUGAGCAUGACGGAGAGAUGGAUGUGGAUGGGGACCGAGAGGAUGGUAUGAGUGGGAAAAGCGGUGUUAGGAAGAAGAAAGGGAGGGUGAGGAAAGCACCGGAUGUGAUUAAUUCGAGUAAUGCAUCUUUGGUUGUUUAUCCUGCUGGGAAUUCGAAGAGGGCUAGUUCUGUCGUUAAUAUGGCAGUAGGUCGUUUUUUCUUCGAUGUUGGGUUGCCUGCAGAUGCUGCUAAUUCUCCUUAUUUUCAACCAAUGAUUGAUGCAAUAGCUUCUCAAGGUGCAGCAGCUGUUGGCCCUUUCUACCAUGACCUUAGGAGCUCGAUUCUGAAGAAUGUGAUUCAUGAAGUGAAAUAUGAUGUUGAUCAAUGCACCGCAGCUUGGGGAAGGACUGGUUGCUCAAUUUUAGUAGAUGAAUGGGAUUCGGGAAAAGGUAUAACCUUUGUCAACUUUUUUGCAUACUGUCCAGAAGGUACAGUAUUUUUGAGGUUGGCCGAUAUAUCUCGUGCAAUAGAUUCUGUGGAUAUCCUUUAUGAAUUGUUGAAGGAGAUAGUGGAACAGGUUGGCCUGAAAAAUGUUCUGCAAGUGGUAACCACCAUUGAAGAUCGAUAUGUUAUUGCUGGGAAAAGACUCACAGACACUUUCCCUUCUAUUUUUUGGACCCCUUGUGCUGGCCAUUGUAUCGAUUUGAUGCUUCAGGACAUAGGAGAACUGCCCAGAGUGAAGAUGGUUCUUGACCAGGCAAGAUCAAUAUCGAGGUAUAUCUAUUCGAACGCUACUGUCUUAAACAUGAUGAGACGGUACACAUUUGGAGUGGAUUUAGUUGAUAUAGGAACUACACGAUCGUUUACAAAUUUCAUGACAUUAAAAAGGAUGAUCGAUAUCAGACAUAGUUUGCAGUCCAUGGUCACUUCUGAGGAGUGGAUGGAAAGUUCUUACUCGAAGGACCAAGAAGCCUAUGCAGUACUAGACACUAUUAGCAGUCAAUCAUUCUGGUCUUCAUGUGCCUUGAUAACACGUUUAACAGAUCCACUUUUGCGACUAUCAAGGAUAGUCAGAAGUCAAAAGAUGCCUGCCAUGGGAUAUGUCUUUGCAGGGAUGUAUCGAGCCAAAGAAGCUAUUAAGAAGGAGCUUGGCUCUAAGGAAGAAUACAUAACCUAUUGGAGCAUCAUAGAUUGCAGGUGGGAACAACUUCAAAGGCAUCCCCUUCACGCGGCCGGUUUUUAUUUGAACCCUAAGUUCUUUUACAGUCUCGAAGGAGACGGACAUUUUCACAUUCGGUCACUAGUAUAUGAUUGCAUAGAGAUGCUGGUUCCUGACCAAAAGGUUGUGGAUAAAAUUAUGAAGGAAACAGCCGCUUACCACAGUGGUGCCGGAGAGUUUGGGCGGAAGAUGGCAAUCAGAGCCCGAGAAACUUUACUUCCCACUGAGUGGUGGCUUACAUAUGGUGGGGGGUGUCCCAAUUUGGCUCGCUUGGCUAUCCGGGUUCUCAGCCAAACCGGCUGCUUAACCCAGCAUAAGCUAGAUAAAAUUCCUCUCGAAAACUUGCAUAAGAGGACAAAUUCAUUGGAGCGUAAAAGGCUUGAAGAUCUUGUCUAUGUUCAGUACAAUAUGUCCUUGAAGCACAUGGCUUCGGGUGACAAACAACACGAAGGUGUUGACACCAUUUCUUAUGAGCACAUUGAUUUAGUUGAGGACUGGGUAACGGAGAAGGAAUUUUGCUCAGAUAACCCUGCAGGAAAAGGUUGGAUGGAUGUUGAUCCACCCGGUGUCAAUGUCAAUGCUGUGCAAUUAGGCUCACAGAUCGAUGAUGUUCAGGCUCUUGGUGCAGGUUUUGAUGAUUCAGAAAUUUUUGAAGCGGCAAAAGAUAGUGAAGAAGAUAUUGCUGACAAGAAUAUAGGGAAUGAAUGAUUAUAAUCAUGCCAUUCGGAAUCAAUCUCUGAGGUGAGGAUAAUCAUUGAUGGAUGGGGUAUUUAUAGUUUGAUCGAGAGCACUAAUAAGACUCGUAUAUGGCUUUAACUGAGUCUAUCUGCAAUCUGGAGUUCAUACGAACCCGUGCCUUGUUGCAAUCAUGUAGAAUAAAUAGCGUAGCGUGCACUGAGUUAGAUUCUUAUUUGGCAUAAGGCUGCCAGCAGGGGCUCGGAUCUGAAUCCAUCGUGAAUCGAUCUCCUCUGGGGCCAUUGUAAUACUAAAUUUUCAUUUGUAAAAAGUUUCAUAUCAGUACAUCACUCUUUAUCCAGGAAA